AUGCUGGACCUUCCAAGCGCGUACGACGACUUGGACACAUAUACAAACGACCUCUGCAACUUCAUAGACACUCCUCUUGUGCGCCAAAUUACAGGCGGUAUUCACGUCAACGAUGCCCUGAUCUACAACGCCUGGGACAGCUUGCCUACGGAAUGGACCGAGUGGUGGUCACGCUGGCCAGACCACCGUCUAGCGCAGCAGCAUCUCAUUGACAGCAUUGGUGACCAUGAAAUCCUUUCCACCGAUGACUUCGGCUCUACCGGCAGCCAAAUCCCGCACAGCUGCCCCGAGUCGCUCAGAAAUUGGCUCGCACAGCUCAAAGCCCUCGCUUUGACCCGCACACAGCGGCCCGGACCAACAGUCGCCCUCCCGGUAGUCCUGGAAACGCGCAUGAAGAGGAAGAAGAUUGCAGAAGUAGCUCGCGCUACCAAACUGAUUCGUGAAAUUUGCGAGUCUCGAGGAAUCCGGCGCCUCGUCGACAUGGGCUCCGGACAAGGCUACCUGUCCAUUAGCCUGGCGUACCUCUUCCCGGAGCUGCAAGUCCUCGCCAUUGACGGCAGCGAGUCACAGAUAGCUGGCUCGCAAGCAUUUGCCGAAUCUCUCGGCAUUCCUCACAGCCGUUUAACGCACACGGUGCACUGGAUCGACGGCUCAUCGCUUCUGGCCGACAAGGUCCAAGAGUGGGCGGCGGGUGAAAAGUGCAUCUUGGUUGGCUUGCACGCCUGCGGCAACCUAUCCGAGCACAUGAUUCGCUAUUUUGCUGCGACUCCCUGCCUGGAUGCCCUCGCCGUCGUCGGGUGCUGCUACAACCACAUCGUACCGCAGUCGAGCGCCUGUCCAGAGGGGUUUCCGAUCAGCGCCGCGCUCCGCGAUAGAAACGUCACGCUGAGUGCGACGGCGCUGAUGACAGGCUGCCAGUCACCAAACAACUGGCCGCGGGCUGAUGGCAAUACCCCGUCCGUAUUUGGCCGUCGUCGCCUCUACCGCGCGAUGCUGGAAAAGGCCCUGUACGACCACGGUAUCCAUGCUGCCGGUAACGAUGGAAGCGAGCGUCCCGCUUGGGGCAUUCGCAAGGGCGACAUGGCAAGCUUUACAGCAUUUGCCCACCGCGCCAUGGACUGUCUGCAAGUGGACGCAGCGCAGCGCCCAACCGACGAGCAACUGCAAACGUACGAAGAGAAGUAUCGGGACUGGGAGGGCCGUAUCGCGAUUCUGUGGACAUUGAGCGUUCUCUGUUGCAAGGUGGUGGAGAGCGUCAUUGCUGUAGACCGCUAUCGCUUCUUGAUGGAGCGGCAAGGCGUGCAGGACGUCGACGUGGUACCAGUCUUUGACGUCAAGGUGUCGCCGCGGAAUCUCAUGAUUGUAGCGACAAAGGAGUCGACAAAGGAGCCAAUACCAAAAGGCUGA